AUGCCAGGCCGGAAGCGUGCCGAUCGCAAUGCCCCGAUACACCGACGAGCCAGGACUGGAUGCAAGUCCUGCCGGGCGAGGAAGGUUAAAUGCGAUGAGGCAAAACCUGUAUGCAAGAAUUGUUCCACUCGCGGCCUAGCAUGCGACAGUGGUUUGCAGCUCAAAUGGCAAGAGGAUUUUGAGGUGCGUGGUUUAGCUUUUGGACGUGAAGGGGUGUGGACCAAAGAGCCGGGUCGUGGGUCAACUCCCAAAUCUCCAUCCUCAUGGACCGCGGAUACUCCAUCAGAACGUCUUUCGUUGCCGGAAAUCGGCCCGCACCACUUUCUACAUACAGCUUUGUCGGAUUUUGAGCCUGGAGGUUUAGGACCAUCUCAUCUGGACCUGGCCUUCGAGCCUGAAGACCUCACAGUAACCACAAUUGUGCCUACAUUUUCUCAUCCCACCGAACGAAACGUCAUAUUGCAUCAGCCAUCUCCUUUCAUACGGUCCUUUUACUUUGAUGCUAGUCUCUUGGAAUACUAUUUUAAAAAACUCUGUCCACUGACCACAUCGUCACGAACAUCUGCAUCCCCCUUUGCCGAUCUCAUCUUGCCCUUGUUCACGACUUCCGGCGAAGAUGAUGUUCUUCAAGCCUUGAUGGCAUUCUCGGCACGACAUCGAAGUAUAGCUGACCCAAGAUGGAGCCAUAAAGCAAUGUCUCUAAAAGGAGGAGUCCUCUCAUCCUUGCAGAAACGGCUUGCAAGUGCGGAUACCACUAGCCUGAGUGUGAUGUUCCCGCAGGUUCUGGUCACAAUGAUGUUCCUAUGCCUCUACGAGAUCGUCGAUAAAUGCGAUCAUCGCUGGGUGAUUCAUCUGCGCGCCAGCCAAGACAUUAUACGACGGAGCAGAAUGCUGGGCUUUCCUCAGUCUCAAAGCCACCCAGUCGGGCUAGCUGCAUUUGCGGAACGCUUUUUCGCAUUCCAAGAUGCUAUCAGUAGAACUGCUUGUGGUGAUGCCCCUCUCUUCGGCGUGGAAUACUGGGAAAGUCUAGAAGACAAAAGGCAAGUCGAUUCUUGGAUGGGCUGCAGUCCAGAGCUUGCUGGAAUUCUUUGCGACAUCACCGAACUGGGAAGAGCAAAGGCGCAGGCCAAAAUUCCUACCCUGGAAUUCUUUAACCGUGCGGAUGUGCUGGAAAGACGUAUCCAUUCACUCAGAUCAAUCAUCCCGGUUCCAAACGACCCUGACUUGAUGUCCUGCGCGGAAUUGAAGAGACUUUCAGCCUCUCUCUACCUGAACUGCGUCCUUUACGACGCGGCGCCGUCAACACCUGUGGUGUCUCAUCUUGUGCGGAAGAUCCUUGAGCAAAUCCUGAAGAUGCUUCGCGCCAAUCAUGCAAGAGCACUGGCGUUUCCCGUAUUUGUAGCUGCGGUAGAACUUGAUCCGAUAGAUGAGGUCUUGGUUAAAGAUACCGCAACAGGUGAGAGUAUCCACGGGAGACGCCUCAUUCUGGAGACAUUGGCUGCCAUGUCAACUGACUCGUUAUCGAAUGUCACAAGAACGAGGGCUGUCAUCAUGAAAGUCUGGAGGUUACGCGACAUGCAUGUCAAUAAUGACUCGGCAACGCACGAGCCUGGAUCUGGCAGCACAAGCAAUAACAAUGAUUGGUCCACUUUUGUUGGGCCAAACAGCUCUUACAUGAGUCUAGCAUAA